AUGGUUCAUCCCCUGGGAGGUUUGGUGCUGACCCACAAUGGUAUUUCUCGCAAGCAAGAAGGCACUGGAUUUAGUACGUCUAGGCAAGCGGCUGAAGGCAGUCUGGAGUCAGCAUCCAACAUCUAUAAGAAUGUGCAGUUUGGUCACCUGUACUCGUCGGAACAGAACCGCAGUUACCACCAGGUCUUUUUGAUGCUGAACCAAAUCCACUGGAAAUUUCUAGUCAUUGGUUCCUACGGCAGCACAUGCAGGGCCGCCACUCGCUUCUUGGAGGCGCCCUUCAGCCGGGCCGGCUCCCGAGCAAGUUGCAGAGACGGUUCGAGGCUGCCGCCAGCGAGUCAGGAUGACCCGUCGUGGGAACGCUCCGUCUCCGCGUCGGGGCGCGCCGCCUGCCUGCCUGCCUUUUCCCUCUCCCGGGGCGGAGACUCAGCUCGUCUUCUUUGCCUUCCAGUACACCCUCUUUGGCAGAGCCCCAUUACGAUUCCCGGAGGGAGUCGCCAGUCUCCGAUCAACAUCCAGUGGAGAGACAGCGUUUACGACCCUCACCUUAAACCCUUGGAAAUACGCUACGAUCCAGAAACUUGUCUUCAUAUGUGGAACAACGGGUACUGCUUCCUGGUCGAAUUUGAGGAUUCCACAGACAAAUCAUAUAUUACGGGAGGCCCCUUGGAGAACAACUACAGGCUGAAGCAGUUCCACUUUCACUGGGGGGCCAUAAACGAAUGGGGCUCCGAACACACAGUCGACUGUAAAGUCUUCCCAGCAGAGCUGCAUUUAGUACACUGGAAUUCCUGCAAGUUUGCGAGUUUCGAAGAAGCAGUCAUGGAGGCUAACGGUCUGGCUGUCAUUGGAGUCUUUUUGAAGAUUGGGGCCCAUCACAGCGGGCUGCAGAACCUAGUCGAGGUCUUACCAUCCAUUAAGCACAAGGACACGCUCGUUGAAUUUGAUGAAUUUGAUCCAUCCUGCCUGUUGCCGUCAUGCCCGGAUUAUUGGACCUACUCUGGGUCUUUGACCACCCCGCCCCUAACGGAGUCCGUCACCUGGAUCAUCAAGAAGAAGCCAAUAGAGGUGGAUGAGGACCAGCUGGAGAUGUUUCGGAUGCUACUCUUCAACUCCUUUGGAGAUGAAGAGCAGCGGAUGGUGGACAACUUCCGUCCCCUUCAGCCGCUGAUGGGUCGGACUGUCCGUUCGUCCUUCUCAGGCCAGUACCUGCUGGACCUCGAAACAAGAUCCGAGGAGCAUUCUCAGCGCGCCAGCCGGCAAAUGUCCCUCAAGGGCACCAUGCAUCUUUAAGAGGAAAACCAGACCAGAAAUGUCACGAGCACUUUACAUAUUAUCUAGAGUCUUAUCUCGCUGCGUAUUCCAGGUUUGCAUGCAGUUGCUUUAAAGGGGUUUUUUUUGGGGUGGGAAGGGGAUUCUUCCUUUUACUCUCCGAACGCGCUCUCUCUUCUGCAACACGACAGCCUGCUUUAAUGAAACCCCUCUUGCAAGUAAAGCAGUUCAUAAAACGCAUCGAGUUCUAAGCCCUGACCAUUUCUGCAGUAGUGAAAUCCCCCGCAUUGACGUUCUUAAAAAUGUGCAUUAUGUGAAAUUUUCUGCAGUAGAUUUUUCCUCA